AUGAAGAGAACGAACGUGGCGUCCGAGCUCGCUCCGAACGAAUUCCUCGUCUCGGGCGCCGAGAUCUUCCUUCUUCAACACGUUCUUCCUCUCCACGCCUUGAGCCGCCUUCGCCUGCCUCUCACACCGGUCUUUUCUUACUCUUGUCCAUCUACCUCGUCUCCCCUUUCUUCUCUUCCUGCGCGUCCGUCACCGUCUCCGCGGCCUUCCCUCUGCACCGUUCUGCGAACAACCCGCGAAGACGAAUGGGAAGUGUAUGCUGGGUUUGUUCGUUGCCUCUUUGCGGGUACGCACGAGCAACCUGUGGGCGGAGAGAAGCGGGCGCGUCUCCUCGCCUGGUGCGGCAGCCUGAUGUGCACCGGCCACUUCCACAGUCCUCCAGGCUCUCUGUCGCUCCAGUCCACAUACGACUUUGUCUCUGAAAACGCCUGGCAACUGAAGGUCGACCAACCGCCGCCUCACUCGCUGUUCCAGUUUCUCGCUUCCGCCCUCGCUAAGAACGCAGCCGCGCCUUUCGCGGACUCAGGAUGCCGGCGACACCGAGAAAAACGAACUCGGAAAACCACACAACGCACUGCUUCUUCCCUCCCUGCGCUCCCGUCUGCUCCGAGUUCUGCACUCGCUUCUUCUUCUUCUUCUUCUUCUUCUUCUUCUUCUUCUUCUUCUUCUUCUGUGUUUCUAUGUAAGUGUGAGAUUUGCAGGCUUACGCACGAGGCGCUGCACAUGCUGCUGGCUUUUUUGGAUCCCGCGUCUCUCGCCUCGUUUGGGACAACAAAUUGGAGUCACUUUCUGCUGGCAGAGCCGGUGGUCCCUGGGCUUCAGCUCAUGGUGGGAGAUUGCUUUCUGCAUCCUCACGACCGGCGCCCGGCUCCCGCGCGUUCGGCGGCGUCUCCGCUGCCGCCUUUGCUCGACUUCGCGUUCGCGAACGCCGGAGACCCAGAGGCGAGGGACUCUGGAGAACAUAGAAGAAAGCAUGUCUUUCUCGGGGGACUGUUCGCCCACCAGACCCACGGCCUGCUCUGGCUGCGGCACCGGGAGCGGCGGGCCGCCGCCCAGGCGCCUCCGUUCUGGUUCGCGUCCGUGGAAGAUCGACAAAAACCGCAGCAACCGCAUGGGCCUGUCUCCCUCGCUGCGCCGUCUUCCGCGUGCUUGACCGGCGCGCGAGACCGAAGCGAACCCCGAAUCCAUGGAGACGUAGACCCAGCAGGCGCGCUCGACGCGGGCGAGGACGCACCCAACGAGCCUGGCGGAGUCGAUCCAGACGCACUCUCGGGUGAGUGCAGGUUUGCUGAUGAUGCCCUCAAAUUCCUCGCCAAAUGGACGGAGCUUCAGUUGCCGCACCAGGAGUGGCUCGCAGGUGCGGCGGACGCACGGCGACCGGUCGGGUGCGGCGAGGGGACUCCGGGAGCGCAUGCAGCGACCGCGAAGGACAGCAGCGGUUUGCCAGGCUGUAGAGGAGGCCGUCCUGGAGGAGUGGAAGGCGCGGAAGAACCAGGCGAAUCUGAAAGAGCGGCAGCGUCAGCGAGUGCAGCGAGAACGCGGGCCAGCGGAGGACGUGGAGGAACGCGGAGCGAGAACGCGGCAGGGGAGGAGCAUCUCCAGAACCGCAGUCUGAGCACAGGAAGAGCCGAUGAGCUGACAAAGCCCGUGGACAAGAAGGACGAAGAAUCUGAACAGGAACAUGUGGUCGCCGACGAAACACAGCACACGGAGACGGUUGAAUCCGUCGAGCCUCCAAGAGAAGAAAAGCCGACUACAGAGAUGACGAGCGUUCCGGCAGGCGACCUGUAUCGUCUCCUCGUGAGUGAGACAGCGUCUCUGGCGUGCUUAGCCGCUCCGCAUCCGAUUGUCUUUCCAUCUCUGCCUCCUCACUUUCCUCGGGCCCCUGUGACCUUCGCCUCGUCGCCACAGCCGGCUGUUGCUUCCGCGGCUCCGCAGUCGGGCGGAGCCUUGCGGCGCGCUUCGUCACCGAGACUUCAUUGCUCUGCGUCUCCUCGCCGGGACAGCGAGGGCGGAAGUGGAGAAACAGAUCGCAAAUCUGAAGGCAUGUACGUUCUGAAACCGCGCUUUCAGAUUCCCCAAACAAACGUGGGCGCCUUUUCUCUCUAUUUCAACUCUGACACGCGCCUCUGUGCAAUCGGCUUCAGCCGAAAGCCCAGAAUGUGCACACCGACGCACAGAGCAACUCAGACAGUUUCCUCUCCGGCCCGCUGUCCGCCGUCUUCUCUUGCUUCUGUAUUCCCUUCCGUUUCGUCGCCUUGUCUAGUGGGCGACCAUCAGUCCCUUUCUCUCCGAGGGUGGACGCAAGGGACCCGAGGCGGCGGCGGCUUAUUCUGCGACGAUCCUGGCCUCGGGAAAACGCUGGCGAUGCUGUCUGUGGUGGUCAAGAGCAUGGGACGCUUACCGGCGUUCCCGCGCCUCGUCAAGGCCUGGCUAGCUGGGUAUCUGGGUCGACUGCAUGCGGCCAACGGCGAGUCCGACCCGUCCGCAAGGGCCGGCAAAAGAGCGAAAGACGGCACAGAAGAAGACGACGCUGUGGAAGGCGAAAAAGAGGGAGAAGCAGUGGGCCAUCCAACACAGAAAGGAGGGCGAGGACAGAGGGGAGCGCGGCGGCAGUGGCUCGAGGAUGGAGAAGGUGUUCGAUAUGUUUGGAAGUUCGCGGCAGACGAAAUCGAGCAGUAUUUCAUAGAGCAGGGUGUCCGAAGUGCGUUUUCGUACCCACAGCUCAACCCGCUUCUUCCCGAGGCGGGUGACGCUGCAGCGUCUCCAGGCGCAGUCUCCCUGAAUUUGCUCGACCUUCCAAAAGAGGGAACUUCGUCGCCGUCCUUUACGCCGCCUCAUUCUCCUCGCUUUCCGGACGAGGCGGCGCAGCGCGGCGGCCUCUUUGGGCGUACCAAGUUCUUCAUCGGCUAUUCAAUGCCUACUGCUGCUGCGCUUCCCCUCGAGCUUCACGCGUUAGCUCUGGAUACAGCCCAUUCCGGCGCAGAGGCGUUUCGGCAGUCUGCAUGUAUCCGGGAUGUCGCGGAGCAACUGGCCUCUCGACAACUCAUCUCCGAAGCAGAUCUUCAAGACUCCACACAGCAGGCGUCGGAGAAGAUGAUGCAGAAGAUGAAGAGGAUCUACCGCCAGUUAUCGAGUACUUUGUCCAGCAAGCACGGAGACCCAAACGCGCUUCUCACGUUCCUCGUGAACCGGGAGCUCAGUGAACAGAUCGCGAUAGACGAGCGCGCCAGGCGCCUGCAUGCAACUCUAGGUUCCCGAAACGCGGUUGAGAAGGACGGCGAGACGUUGUCUCCAACGGAAAGCAGCGACAGGGUACGGGGCGCGGGGCCUUCGAGCGGCUCCGACCGCAAAGGUGCCUCGCUGAGCGGGAAGGGGAGCGUCGGGCCGGACUCCGCGAGCCUUACAGGAGCGACAGGACGGCCAGAGGGCGUCAGCCUUGACAGCCAGGACUCGGAGCUGUCGAAAGCGUCAACGGACGCGUCUGCGCCUCUCCCGUCCCGCGCGUCUGCGCCUCUCCCGUCCCGCACGUCUGCAGAAGAUAGGGACGGGCGAGAGGAGAAGAGGGACGGGAGAGAGGAGAAGAACGGCGACGAGAAACAAAGGCGCUGCAAGGCCUCGCAAGACGGCAGGAGACGGAAGGAAGAGGACCAGGAAGAAGAACAGAACGAGGACACAGACGAGGGCACAGACGAGGACACAGACGACGAAGCGGGUGGGGGGCCGAAGGAUUUCUUCGCCCAGCAAGACACCGAGCUGUACGCGCUUCUCCCGUUCACGAGGCCCCGAGAUCUCCCGUCCCAGAAGCCGCCCGACUUUCUGCUUUCUCACGGGACGCUGUUGGUCUGUCCUACGCCCCUCGUCAACCACUGGAGCUCGGAAGUGAAGAAAUGGUUCUCCUGGUCGCACUGCAACGACGCGGACAAACUGAAGGUGCUUGUCUUGGAACGUCGCGAUCGAGCUCACGCGAUGCCCCUGCCGACGCGCGCCGAGCUGGCGUCCUGUCACCUCGUGAUUUGCUCGCAUCAGUUUCUGACAGCUGAGUUUCAGCGCUGUUUGACUUAUGUCUGGGAACAAGGCCGUGGUCCGGCACCUUUCGCUCCGCUCGGCUCUAACCAGCGGGCAUCCAACGAGGGUCGCCGCCCAUCCCCCCGACACCCCAGGCGAUGCGUGUCACCGCAGGAAGUGGAGCAAGCGAUGUGGGGCGGGAAGGGACAGGACGAGCACAGUCUGCACUCUGCAGCGCGUCCGGCGUUUCUUUCGGGAUGUCGAAAACGACCUCGCCAAGAGGAAAGGCCCGCCGGGACGGACACAGUGUCGGGAGGCGACGAAGAAGACGCUAGGGGGUUCCUCGCGCGUCUCUUGCAAGGAGACUCCGGCGGAGCCUACGCGUCUCUCGCGGGGCCAGGACUGUACAAAGGCCAAGUCGGCGAGAGCUUCUGCAGAUCCAAAAGCCCGCUGCUGUCGAUUCACUGGCAGCGAUUGGUCGUCGACGAAGGCCAUACGCUCUCAAGGUGCACGUCCCAGUACGUCCAGCUGUGCCGGAUGAUCGUCGCCGAGAAACGAUGGGUGCUCACAGGCACGCCGACGAGUCGCCAGUCGCUCCGCCACAGCUUGACAGGCUUGACGGCUCUCCUCGAAUUUUUGCGUCACCCGUUUGCUCUGCCGUAUCGACACUGCGGCGUUUCAUCGAAUAAAACAACUCCGCUGAAGGCAGCAAUAUGCCGACCCCUCGUCGAACGCGGCGAAGCGGCCGCUCUGUUCAAGCUCUCUCUGCUCCUCAACACGUGCCUCGUCCGACACAGCAAGGAGCAGUGCCAGCGUCUGCCCGCUCUGCGGGGCCCAACCAUCUAUCGAAUUGAACCGUCUGCGAAAGAGCGGACGACGUACAACGACCUCGUCCAGCUGAUGCAAAGAAACCUUUUCUGCACCUAUUACUCGAGGAAGAACAAGGAUUCGCUUCUUCAUCCGAGUCAGCGGGCGCAAGCGUCGACAUCUCUCUGGAACCUGCGUUUCAGCUGCACGAUUCAGUCCGAGUCGCAUCUCCAGGUUCUCACUAAGUGGGUGGGCGAGGCAGUGGAAAUGCUCGCGAACAAACAUGCGAUCUACCACAACGAGUUUCCAUACAACUUCCAGUUUGAGAGGAUCGCCUACGUCGUGGAGGUGUACCUCCGUCUGAACAAAGUGGAAAGAACGUACGCCACGUGCGACAUGUGUCGCCAGGCGAUACGUUUUCCUCUUCUUGUUCCUUGUCCGGCUCUGCACUUGCUGUGCACGGAGUGUCUCUUCCCGCAAAUCUUCUCCGAAAACCUUUGCCGGCGCCCGCCGCUGCGCCACUGCCCGCUGUGUUGGCCGCAUGCACCGAUCAAUGCAGACUUCUUCGACCGCCUGCAGCCUCCAGUGGAACACAACACGACCUUCGACUGGCCGUUCAAGUUCACUCGCGGCGCACGAGCAAAUGCGGAGUUAGACAGGCGGUCCCUCAUUUUCCGGAACCAGCAGUCAGCUCGGCGAGGUCGGCAGGAAGGCAGCCGAGACGUGGCCGAAAGCGCGGCUAGCCGAGCGGCCGGGUCGGCGGGGCUGUUUUCCGCGUGCACUCCAACGGGGGCUCUCGACCCAACUGGGGGCGAUGACGGCGAAACCCUGGUGAUGGAAGUGGACGUCUUUCGGCCUUCUGGGGCGGUGUCCCGAUCGCCAUUGUCUUCCCGCGGGGCCGCCGCGCCUCUUGCUUCCCCUGCCUCGGGGCUGGGGCUCGACCGCGUCGGAGACAGAGCCGGCGAGAGACCGCGGAGCGGCGUGGAAGGCACGCGGAGGGCGAUGGAAGAGGAGCGGCCGAUCGGUGAAUCGACGCGCGCACAGAGGGGAACAGGCGGCGAAGGCGCAGAGACAGCGCUUCGAAGUUUGCUUCCGGCUGCCUCCGUGACGUCUGCUCCGCACCUGGUGGAAAGAGUGAAAGAGAAAAGGUCGUUUCGCGCGUCAGCAGAGACAAUGCGCAUCGUCAGGCAAUGGUUCGCCGAUGGCGAGCGUGCACACUCGAGAGACGACGCGUUUGCGUUUCUCCGGACAGACGGCUUUCCUGUCUCGUCGGCCACCAGAGGCAGUCACCUCGCCACUGCGCGGGAGGCUCUUCGCGGCAAGCCGACUCCGGAGGCAGGUGGAGACACCCAGCCGGAACAGGCGAGAGACUCGCUCAUGGGACCUUUUCCGGCCUCGUCCGCCUCUGCCUCGACCCCAACAGCGCCUCCUGUGUCUUGGCCGUCCGCAGGCUCGCAGGGCGCAGGCACCUUCUCGUCGGUAGUAACGCCUCUGCGGGAUUCCAGACGCAUCGCCAAUGACCGCGCGGACUCGACGCUCGGAGCGUCUGCGAGGUUUGGAUUGGACGACCUGGCAGGGAGCGUCGAGGGGGGAGGAAGUGAUGCGCCUGGGAAACGCGAGAGAGACACCGAAAAAGGCAGCAUCUAUCCUCGGUACAUCGACGUCGAAGAUGCCUUUGCGUACGAUUUCAGUGAGGCAAAGGACGAUGGGGGAGAACUGAAGAAAGUGCAGUCGCCGUUCACGAGUCGCCGGCUCGCGUCUUCGCCUUCGGGCUCGCGGGCGCUCCUGACGUCUUCGAGGAAAGUCAGCUUGCGGGCCGCUAACCUGUCUCUCCCCUAUUCCUCUGCUUUCUCCCCUGGCCAUAUCGCCCUGUCGGAUCCGUCGCGGGCGGCCAACAGCCCGUCGGCUCGGGCGCCCUGGACUGGUGGUUCGGCCCUCGCGUCGGCUGUCUCGUCGGCUCGGAGCGAGAGUGACUGUCGCGCUGCAUGCACCCUGCGGGGAGCGACUGUGGCCGCUCGCCGAGAGGCUACGUUGCUCAGCCUGCUUCUUUCGGGUGGCAUGUCAACUCGCGAGAUUCUCGAGGAGUUUGACGACGCGGAGAUUGACGAAGAAGACGCCAUAUUCUUUAGCUCCAGCAAGAACGUCCUCGUGGUGAGGCGCAUCCUGCACAUCAUCUACUCCGGAGAGUUCGCGCAGAACAACAUCCCGGAGAGCCUCUUGGAGCCUCGCCAAAGACCCCAAAUCGAUGCGUCUUUCCCUUCGUCGUGUGCCUUUCCGGGAUUCUGGUCUCUUGAAGAGGCGAGCCGGGAGAAAAAUCUAGGCAAGAAACCGCGGUUCGCAGACGACGACAGAUGCGACACCAGCGGCGCCUUCCCGCUCUCGACGCCGAGGACAGCGGUCUGUUUCUCAUCGUCGCUGUCUCCCUCGAGCUCGCGUCCCUCCUCGGCUUCGUUGCCUCCUCUCUCGCCUUCCGGCAUUCACCUGAGUGUGCGAGACGGGAAAGAAGAGCACGGAGUGGAAGAGACGGGGGGUUCGAUGCCGGGGGAAGGGGAAGAGAAACUCCAGAGGGAAAAGGUUGAGGCUGAGCAACCUACCGCAGCUGAGGCAAUACAGCCUGGAAGUGGCGAGACGCUGCAGGAUCCCUUCUCUUCGGGCCCCGCGAAGAGAAUGUGUGGCUCUUCUCGUGCUGUUUCGUUUGGGUCUGCCCUGGGGAAGCCAGGUGAAGCGGGAGAGAGGCCUGGCGCUUCCGUCGGUCGCAAAAGCAUCCUGAAGAAGCGGGAGAGAGACGGCACAUUCGCGGCGACUCCAUGCACAGAGCGGUUGAUCAAGCGCUGCCCAAAAAUCAUUGUGGCGUCUUCCCUAUGGGAAAACCUCUUCCUCCUAGGCUGUUUCCUGGAGAAACACCGCGUGAAAUGUUGCCACUUUUACGAGAAGAUGCAGGACAAGAGAAACCGAGUAGAUGCGCUGAAGAGCUUCCAGCAAGACACCGAGACGAUGGUCCUGCUGCUCUCCACACAGCUGGGUGCCCACGGCCUUGACCUCAGCUGCGCAUCCCACGUGCUCCUGCCGGAUCCUCCCACCGACCCGAAUGUGGAACAACAGGUGAUAUCUCGGGCGCAUCGUAUGGGAGCAUUGCGCGACGUUCAUGUGGAAAUCUUCAUUCUCAAGGAUACUGUCGAAGAAACGAUUCUUCAGCUUCGUGGUGUGUGGACGGCAUCAGCGUCUGCGGAGGGAGACCAAGGCGGAAUGACCACCAAGGGAACGUGUGGGGUUUCUGCAAGCAAACAGCCGUUUGUGUUUGGCACGCGAGAUCCUCGGGAGUUGCUGAUGCGGGAGCGACAAGGGUUCGCAGCGCAAGGGGACACUGAGGGCGAUGUGUCUCCGCCGGUGACUGCGCUCAAUGGGGAGAGAACGUCGAGCUCGAGGAGGCGCCUCGGUGGAAAGACGGGCAAGGCCGCGCCGACAUGUGGGCCCGAGGGCACGCACACGCACUUGCGGAAACGAGGGCAGAAAGCCAGUGCCCAAGGAGGCGCUGAUACUUCCGACAGGCGUGGAGAGGGAGCGUGUCAAGACGACGCGCCUGCCUCCGCGGACGAACCUCUUUUUUUCGACACGAGCAGGAAUGGAUCUCAGUCGCCCUCUCCCCCUUCGUGGACAGAACGCGUCGCCUGCCGCAAGGGUAGUGGCCCGAUGGGCUCUCAGCCGAACUGGCGGGAAAUGCACGAUGAGGCUGUCGGCUUGGGCGAGGGCCUUCAAAAACAGACAGAGUACUUGCUCAGAACGCUCCGCACAAUUCGGAGACCAGCAUUCUCUGAGUAA